AGAAGAGUAGUACUUGGGUACAUUUGUUGUGUGUAAACGUUGCAGCCUGGCUCCACUGAUGCUCGCUGAUCAUUUGGAGAUUUUCAUCCGAACAACAAGAACACAGUGAGGAGGGGAGCGCCGGGGUGACGUCACCGCGAACCACAUCCACAGCAGCAGGCAGGAGGGGUGAGGUGGCCAGCCGCUGAUCCACCGGUAUCAUGGCUUCCUAACAGGAGGAGGGGGAAGUGAUUGAGAAGGAAAACACGGGAUUUUCGUUGACUGCCCGACAGAUAAUCGCACCCCUUUUCAGAACCUGAGACUGGGACAGAGGGGCUCGGCCUCCCUUUUCGCCCCCAACGGCCGCUCCUGGGAUCCAGGAUAUACUUUAACUUGUGUCGGUGAAUUUCCAUUCGUAAACCGCUGAAGAUGGCCGACCCGGCGGAGUGCACCAUCAAAGUGAUGUGCCGUUUUAGGCCCCUGAACAGCUCCGAGGUGACCAGAGGCGACAGAUACAUUCCCAAGUUUCAAGGGGACGAGACUGUUGUUAUCGGGGGCAAACCGUACAUGUUCGACAGAGUGUUUCAGUCAAAUACAACACAGGAACAAGUGUACAAUGCCUGCGCCCAGAAGAUUGUCAAAGAUGUUCUGGAGGGAUACAAUGGAACAAUUUUUGCAUAUGGGCAGACAUCAUCUGGCAAAACACACACCAUGGAGGGGAAUCUUCAUGACACAGAUGCAAUGGGCAUCAUCCCCAGGAUAGUGCAAGAUAUCUUCAACUACAUCUACUCCAUGGAUGAAAACCUGGAGUUUCAUAUCAAAGUUUCAUAUUUUGAAAUUUACUUAGACAAGAUCCGGGACCUUUUGGAUGUGUCAAAGACCAACCUGUCAGUGCAUGAAGACAAAAACAGAGUACCCUACGUCAAGGGCUGCACUGAGAGAUUUGUCUGCAGCCCGGAGGAGGUCAUGGAUACAAUUGAUGAAGGCAAAUCAAACAGACAUGUAGCAGUUACAAACAUGAACGAGCACAGCUCCAGGAGUCACAGUAUUUUCCUGAUAAACGUCAAACAGGAGAACACUCAGACAGAGCAGAAGCUCAGCGGCAAACUUUACCUGGUGGAUCUGGCUGGCAGCGAAAAGGUCAGUAAAACAGGAGCAGAAGGCGCGGUGCUGGAUGAAGCAAAGAACAUCAACAAGUCUCUGUCAUCCCUGGGAAACGUCAUCUCUGCUCUGGCUGAAGGAACGGCUUACAUCCCCUACCGAGACAGCAAGAUGACCCGUAUCCUGCAGGACUCGCUGGGUGGUAACUGUCGAACCACCAUUGUCAUCUGCUGCUCGCCUUCCUCCUAUAACGAGUGCGAAACCAAAUCUACCCUCAUGUUCGGACAAAGAGCAAAGACCAUCAAGAACACUGUCACUGUGAACGUCGAGCUUACAGCAGAACAGUGGAAGCAGAAGUAUGAGAGGGAGAAGGAGAAGAAUAAGACCCUGAGGAACACCGUCACCUGGCUGGAGAACGAGCUCAACCGCUGGAGGAAUGGUGAGAGUGUGCCAGUGGAGGAGCAGUUUGACAAGGAGAAGGCCAAAGAGGAGGUCAAGGCCUUGGACAACAUACUCAACGACCAGCCGGCCUCCACGCCCAAUGUGCCGGGUGUUCGCCUCACCGACGUGGAGAAGGACAAGUGUGAGGCUGAGCUGGCCAAGCUUUACAAACAGCUGGAUGAUAAGGACGAGGAAAUCAACCAGCAGAGCCAGCUGGCUGAGAAACUGAAGCAGCAGAUGUUGGACCAGGAUGAGCUUCUAAGCUCCUCCCGCCGCGAUCACGAGAACCUCCAGGCUGAGCUGAACCGCCUGCAGGCAGAGAACGAGGCCUCCAAGGACGAGGUGAAGGAGGUGCUCCAGGCUCUGGAGGAGCUGGCCGUCAACUACGACCAGAAGAGCCAGGAGGUGGAGGAUAAAACCAAGGAGUUUGAGGCCAUCAGUGAGGAGCUUAACCAGAAAUCGUCCAUCCUGUCCUCUCUGGACUCUGAACUCCAGAAACUGAAGGAGAUGUCCAACCACCAGAGGAAGAGGGUCACAGAGAUGAUGUCUUCACUGCUCAAAGACCUUGCUGAGAUCGGUAUCGCCGUUGGAAGCAAUGACAUCAAGCAACAUGAGGGUGGCAGCGGCAUGAUUGACGAGGAGUUCACAGUGGCCCGCCUGUACAUCAGCAAGAUGAAGUCAGAAGUGAAAACCAUGGUGAAACGCUGCAAGCAGCUGGAGAGCACCCAAUCAGAGAGCAACAAGAAGAUGGACGAGAACGAGAAGGAGCUGGCUGCCUGCCAGCUGCGCAUCUCUCAGCAUGAGGCAAAAAUCAAGUCCCUGACCGAGUACCUGCAGAACGUGGAACAUAAGAAGAGGCAGCUGGAGGAGAACGUGGACUCCCUCAAUGAGGAACUUGUCAAAAUCAGUGCUCAGGAGAAAGUUCAUGCUAUGGAGAAAGAGAACGAGAUCCAGACUGCCAAUGAAGUCAAGGAAGCCGUGGAGAAGCAGAUCCACUCCCACCGUGAGGCUCAUCAGAAGCAGAUCAGCAGCCUGAGAGAUGAGCUGGACAACAAGGAGAAACUCAUCACUGAGCUGCAGGAUCUGAACCAGAAGAUCAUGCUGGAGCAGGAGAGGCUCAGAGUGGAGCAUGAGAAACUCAAGUCCACUGACCAGGAGAAGAGCCGCAAGCUGCAUGAGCUGACGGUGAUGCAGGACAGAAGGGAGCAGGCCAGACAAGACCUGAAGGGUCUGGAGGAGACUGUGGCCAAAGAGUUGCAGACUCUGCACAACUUGAGGAAGCUCUUUGUCCAGGACUUGGCUACUAGGGUCAAAAAGAGUGCUGAGAUGGACUCAGACGACACAGGUGGGAGUGCAGCUCAGAAGCAGAAAAUCUCCUUUCUUGAGAACAAUCUUGAGCAGCUCACCAAGGUUCACAAACAGCUGGUGCGUGAUAAUGCAGACCUGCGCUGUGAGCUUCCUAAACUGGAAAAGCGUCUUCGUGCUACGGCUGAGCGGGUCAAGGCCCUGGAGUCUGCUCUGAAAGAGGCAAAGGAGAACGCUGCCCGCGACCGCAAGCGCUACCAGCAGGAGGUGGACCGCAUCAAGGAGGCCGUCAGGGCCAAGAACAUGGCCAGGAGGGGACAUUCAGCCCAGAUCGCCAAGCCUAUCAGGCCCGGGCAGCAGCCGGUGGCGUCUCCCACCCACCCCAACAUCAACCGCAGCGGAGGAAGCUUCUACCAGAACAGCCAGACGGUGUCCAUCAGGGGAGGCAGCGGCAAACCAGAGAAGAACUGAAGAGCAGCGGGACAGAAGGACGACACCGCUGAAGAAGCCAAUAUCAACCCCCCAACCCCCCGCCCACCCCGACAACCUGUCAUUCCAUUACAGCGAACAGGCUCCUCGUCGCUGCUCUGGAGCCACGAAGGAGUUUCUGAAUUAUAAAUAUAUAUAUAUAAAUAUUCCUGGCCUGUACAGCUCCAACCCCUCACACCUCCACCCACUCCCUCACUCCCCUCACUCCCCAAUUCUCAUCAUGACUUAUCUCGUUUUCUCUUACUGGGUAUAAUAAAAAGACAAACAACAAAUUUAAUUUACAAAAGGCAAGAUUAUAUUCUUACCCACCGAAAACCAAACGCAGUCUUGAGCGCAGCCUCGGCGAGAGAAACCGCGCGCACCUCAAAUGUGUUGCUUCGGUUUUUUUUAAUUUUGCACAGUCUGUCGUCAUCCGUCGUCGUCGUGCGAGUAGUCCUGCACUGUGCCAAGCUGAAUGUAAAAGGGUAGCAAGAUCUGAAAAAGAUAAAAACACACAACCUAAAAUAAAACAUUUAAAAAAAAAAGAACCUACCACGAGAAAUAGCUUGAUCCUCUAGGCUAACCUCUGUACAUUUCAUCAUUACUAUUAUCGGUUGUUAACCACACUUUUCUCUGGAUAGAUUUGACAUGCUUCUUAAAGGAAAAAAAAAACAAAAAAUGGAAAAAAAACAAACUGUAAACGGUUUUGAAUUGAAUAGAUGGCGUUGAGCACUACUGUUCUGUCUGGUCUUGUACAGAUGUAAAAUUGGCACUACUGCACAUGCUUCCCUGCAGAGAGAGCUGUAUGACACAGGGGAACGGCUAAAGAGAAGGAAAAAAAUAAAAACAAGAGCAAUUAAAAGCCAAGACGUGCGACAGUGUACUGUAGAUGUAUUUAACUAAAUACCUGUGGAGGCCAAUUGUUUUUAUCAUUAAGUUAAAAUAAAAACCUAUACUCGUUAUUGGUGACUUCAUGAGAAGGAUGUAAAGAAUGUAGACGGGAAGGAAGGAAGAGAAUGAUCUGGUUAACACAACAAACUUCCACCUUUUAGCAUAGCUUAUGCUAAGUAGCUAAAUGUACUGUUUUUACUUCUCUCAGUGGUUGAUAAUGUGUUAAUGGACGCUAUUUAUAUCUCUCUGCACAUUGGAGCACAUAGACUGCAGGCGUAUAGACUGAGAUAGCACCGCACCACAAUGCUUGUCCUGUCCUAGCUGGGUCGCUGUCACUCACUCAUCUCCAGGACCGUUUUUUUGUUGUUGUUGUUGUUUCUUUUUAGUUGUAAACCUGGAAUUGUUUUGAUCCCUGUCGUGUCAUGAUUUCUUUUCAAGGGGGUUUUGAUUUUAUUUUUUUUUCCUGUCUUCCUUCUCACCCCUCCUUUUUUUUUGUUGAUUCUUGUAGAUUUAGGAUCUGUAACUCGUGCCCCUCUGGUUGUAAAUUUGCAGAAAGCAACGUGUUAUGCUGGGUUUUAUGUACUGUAUCUCUUUUCAUUGUUCCAUAGAUAAUGUAGAUGCAUUUUGGAAGGGGGAAUGGAGGGCGGGGGUGGCAGUCGAUGGGUCAGACCCUUUUUGCCGCUGAUCAGCCAAUCAGGAGAGCAGGGUCUAAAAUAAUUGCACAACAAUCUUCUGUCAUCAUCUGGAGGAAGCGUUUAUUUAACUAAAUCUAGUCAGGGGUGUAGGAUUUAUUUUGUGUUUCGUUGUCUUUGAUGUAUUUUUUUUUAGUGUCAUUUCAUGAUUUGUUUUCCUUUUAAUUCCCACCACAGCUUCUUUUUUAAAAAAAACAUAACCCUGUGAUGAAGCCCCAGUGCAUUGGCAAAGAGCUUGUAGUGAUUGUAACCCCAGUGUGAGAACACUAACAUCUUGUGCAAGUGCAAUAUACUGUAAAAUACACUGUAUAUCAGUCAACUGGCAGAUGUGAUCAGGGUGUGCUUGCAGCGGUAAUCCUGCCAUUUAUAGUCAAAAAGUCCCGCUCCUCUUCCUUUGUUAGCUUCUGUUCCGCUAACUUUUGGUUCCCAUUGUGUUUUCUCGUUGCGGGCUUCUUUCUGAGAUUCUGGAACAUGAAACAGGGCUUUUCCCUGGACGAUACUCUAAAUAAGAGGAGUUACUGCUGGACUGGGCGGUAAACUCGGAAGAGAUAAUGAGACGGUCAGACUUGACUAAGCAGUGCAGUAGCCCAUAUUCCAAUUUGCCUUUUUAGAAGAACAGAUCAAAGAAACUUCCUACUGAAAAAAUACACUUUUGGCCGAGACUAGUGGAACAAAUCUAGCUGGAAGAGGAAGACAGGAUCCCGGCUUUCUUUCAUAUAAUGUCAUGCUAAAACCUGCCGCCUCUUAACAGAAAAAGUUGGGUUUAAUAGCACUUCUUCACAAAACCUGCACUCAAAAAAAAAAACACUCCACACGUGGCUGUUUUUGACUGGAGGGAAAAGAAGUCUCCAAAGCCCUGUAAACUGUUCGUAGUAUUAAUUACUUCCUACAGGCCUGCAGGAGUUGCCGCUCCCCCGUAUCUAUGACAGGACAGUGUUUGGUGUCUAUCGAGAUGGUUUAUUCCCUCUGUGUAAUCUUCUAGAUUAGCUGAGACUUUGCAGCAUGGACCUCAAAAUGUUUAUCCUUUGACCUUCCACCAAAACUGGAUAUGAAAUGGGGGGAGGGGGGUUAGCAAAUAAAAAGAGCAAAUAUUUGUGGUGUUUACCUAAAUUGAAUUUUGCAUUAAUUCUAAAUAAAACAAAAAAACAAAGUGUAGCCACUUUUUUUAUUACUGUGUAAUAGUUGGUCAAUUUUUAAAGGACAGUUUUGAGGAUCCAUCAGUGGACAAGGUACUGGAUCAUUCCUGGAGAACUGGGGCACAAAUAGCAGGGCUCUGAUAUGGACGGAGAUGAGAAGUUCAUGAGAUCACAGUUUUGGAUUGAUUGCAUGAUGUAAAUGUAUGUGUGAUUAAAUAAUUAUGAGAAAACA